CAUCUUUCACCAGUUCACUAGCGAGAGCCGAAGCGUCUGGUUCACAUAUUUUAAGUAAAUCCUGAAGAAGGUUUUUCUGAAAGGAAUUGUUUCUCAGGCAAAUGAAAGGAUGCGGCAUGUACUGCUUUUGCUCCUCGGAGCUCAUCUGGCCUAUGCUAGAAAACACUCUCUGAAAUACUUCUACACUGGUGUGUCUGGAAUCGAUGAAUUCCCAGAGCUCACUGUGGUUGGUCUGGUCAAUGAUGAGCAGUUUAUGUACUUUGACAGCAACACAAUGAAAGCUGUGCCAAAGACAGAGUGGAUCAGACAGAAUGUGGGAGCAGAUUACUGGGACAGUCAGACUCGGACUGAUAUUGGUCAGCAUCAGUACUUCAAAAACAACAUCCAGGUCGCAAAGGCACGCUUCAACCAGACAACAGGUGUGCACACAUUCCAGCAAAUGUACGGCUGUGAGUUUGAUGAUCAGACUGGAGCAACAAAUGGGUUCAGACAGCUUGGAUAUGAUGGAGAGAACUUUCUGGAUCUGGAUUUCAAGCAGCUGAGAUGGAUUUCUCCAGUGCAGCAAGGAUUCAGCACUGUACAGAAGUGGAACAAUAACAGAGCUCUUCUUGAGAGUGACAAACAGUACUUCAGCACUGAGUGCAUUGAGUGGCUGAAGAAGUAUCUGCAGUAUGGAAAGAGCAGUCUGGAAAAAACGGUCUCUCCUCAGGUGUCUCUGCUGCAGAAGUCUUCCUCGUCUUCAGUCACGUGUCAUGCUACAGGUUUUUACCCCAGUGGAGUUAAAAUCACCUGGAUGAGAAAUGACCAAGAGCAUCAUGAGGAUGUGGAGGUUGGUGAACUUCUUCCCAAUGAGGACGGGACCUUUCAGAAGAAGAGCACCAUCAGAGUUACACCUGAUGAGUGGAAGAACAACAAGUACAGCUGUGUGGUGGAGCACCAGGGCAAAACCAAGACAGCAAAUGAGAUCAGGACUAACCCGGGAGCUUCUGUUCCCAUCGGCAUCAUUGUUGGUGCUGUAGCUGCUGUCAUCUUGUUGGUUAUCAUCGGUGUUGCUGGGUUUAUGGUGUAUCAGAAAAAGAAAGGCUUCAAACCUGUCAAUGCAUCUGAUGAUGGCUCUAACAGCUCAACUCAUUCAGAUCCAAAAGCAUAAAGAUCUAAGAGACCAGAUGAGUGCGAGAGAUGAAGUUAAAAAAGAUGCUUGUUCUGCUGUCCAUCUUGCUUACAACACAAACACACACACACACACACACACACACACACACAGGAUCAUAUAUUUGAUGGGAUUGAUCUAUAUUUCUACAUUAAUUACAUCUGCUAAGUAAAGUUUUUGUUUCAUCACACUUUAUGUUCAUCUUUGGUUUUCAUUAAUUGUAUGAACUUGUUCAUGUUUUAAUUGUAAAAUGUAUAUAUUUCUCUUUGGUGGCAAAAAGAAACCAACAAUACAAAUAAUUGAUUUGCAAGUUUGA